UUACAAGCUUGACAUCAUAACAAUAACAGAACCAUUUUUCAAACGGUUCUAUGUAGAACUAUAUACAUAGAAGUCAUGGUUCUAAAAAGAACAUUGCCUUUAAUAGAGAACCCAUGAAGAAUCAUUGAAGAAACUUCCUGAAAAGUUUACAUCAUAUAAUUCUAAGUGAUUCGAUUUCUUAUUGCAGGAAGUAAAUAUUUCAACAAACACUUCACAUCUUUGACUAAGUGGCAAAAUGGGCAUCUACACUUUUGUACCUUACACUUCUGUGUAUAAUACUUUGGCAAUGAAAUAAUUAGAUUAGAUUAGAUAAAAAAUCAGCAGCGGGCACAACUCGACCCUCAUUAUUUCUGAACAUUGCGUAACAUGCAGGAAGUUGGCGAUCCACGGACUACUUCUGCGCGUGUGUGUCCCUCCCACCGCUGCUGGACACUUUCCACAACUUUCAAGCGCCGAACGAGCUCACUUUCGAUAAAAAGGUAGGAGGACGCAUUAAUGUCUGGAACCUUCACAGCUCACGCGAUUUUAUUAAUAACCAACCCAGGCGUCGCUCGUUUCUCGUCCUUUCUAAGUUUGAGAAGAAGCUCCGCGCGUUCCUGAGAUUCCAGAAAAAGAGCCUCGGGCGCGUAACCGCUCUGCGUCUCUUCAUCCUCCUGCAGUAAAACUCGCAAAGCCUGCAUUUCCACCCGGAAAAACAACAAAAUUACGACGUAUUAACAGACAAAAACGAGCUUUACCGUCUGGCUGUACAACAACUGCGGAGUUUUCUUUUUUUUUUGUUGCCAUUUUAGGCCGGAGUGCCCAAUCCUGGUCCUGGAGAUCGACCACCCUGCAGAGUUUAGCUCCAGCCCUGAUCAAACACACCUGAACCAGGUAAUGAAGGCCUUCAGGGACAUCUGAGUAUUACAGCCACGGGUGUUUGGAUCUGAACUCUCCAGGACUGGGCACCCCUGUUCGCAGUAAAGAUGACAGAAGUUGUGCACAUGAUUGACAGCGAGGUCUUCAUGGCCUUCUCCACCUAUGCAACCAUAGUCAUCCUCAAGAUGAUGCUCAUGGGUCCCAUUACGUCAUACCACCGACUGACGAAGAAGGUGUUUUCCAACAUGGAAGACACGGCUCUGGGGGGUCCUGCUGAGGACAGGAAGAAGAUGAUUAGGGCGGAUCCAGAUGUUGAGCGAGUGCGAAGAUGCCAUCAGAACGACCUGGAGAACAUCAUUCCCUUUGUGGUGAUUGGCCUGCUCUACGCUCUGACAGGGCCUGACCUCUCCAUUGCCCUGCUGCACUUCCGCUUGUUCGUGGGUUCACGAUGCUUCCACACGGUGGCCUACCUGCUGCCGCUGCCCCAACCCAGCAGGGCUCUGGCCUGGAUGGUGGGCAUGGUCACCACUUUCUCCAUGGCCUACCGUGUCCUCACCACUGCUCUCUUUCUGUAAACAGAUAGCAAAGCUGUUUGCCAGAGGUUGCUCAAUUGAAUGUGAAAUACUUUUUUUGCAAUUGUGGCUUGUUGAUCUGUCUUUAGUAAUACAGAAAUCAGUAAAACAUUCUUCUGUGAGUUCAGACCAUGCCCUCAACAUGCAACACAGCAAGGUGAGGAUGUGAAUUUAUAGGGUGUUAGAUUGAAAGAAGGAGGGGUUUCAGGCAUGUUCCUCCCCCAAAACUUCAGUUAUAACAUAACUACAUUUUGUUUAGCAGUCGCCUGCAAUGCAAUGUGAAAUGUCAGUCUUUUUGUCUGUGUAAACUGCUUUAAAAGUAUUACUAAACAACUACGUUUCUAAGGUUGUGAGUUUUAGAAUUUUAAAAGUUGGUUCAUUUUGAUUUCUUAAAAAAGGUAAAUCUGUAAAAGUCAAUGUAUUGUGCUUGUGAAUGUUUACCACAUUGCUUAAAAAAGUUUCAGUUAUGGAUAAAACUGAAUUUGCAAAGAAA